AUGGCGGACCGAUACUCCUUCUCUCUCACAACCUUCUCACCCAGCGGAAAGCUGGUGCAGAUUGAGUAUGCCCUCAAUGCUGUAAACCAGGGUAUCACUGCCCUUGGCAUCAAAGCCACCAACGGUAUCGUUCUCGCCACCGAGAAGAAGUCAUCAUCCCCUCUGGCCGACCAGAGCUCCCUCUCCAAGAUCAGCGACAUCACCCCCAACAUCGGCAUGGUGUACUCUGGCAUGGGCCCUGAUUAUCGAGUAUUGGUGGACCGAGCACGCAAGGUUUCGCAUAGCGGCUACAAGCGCAUCUACAACGAGUACCCCCCUACCAGAAUAUUGGUGCAGGAUGUCGCCCGAGUGAUGCAGGAGGCCACGCAAUCCGCCGGUGUUCGACCUUAUGGCGUGAGUCUGUUGGUUGCUGGCUGGGAUGAGGGUAUCGAGCCUGAGGAGGAGAGCAAGACCACCGAGGAGAGCGAGGAGAAGAAGGUCAACCGAAAGACUGGCGGUAUUCACAAGGGCGGCCCCAUGCUGUACCAGGUCGAUCCCUCUGGCAGUUACUACCCAUGGAAGGCUACAGCCAUUGGCAAGAGUGCGACAAAGGCCAAGACAUUCUUGGAAAAGCGAUACUCGGAGGAGCUCGAGCUUGAGGAUGCUAUCCACAUUGCGCUGUUGACCCUGAAGGACAACAUCGAGGGUGAGAUGAAUGGUGACAGCAUCGAGAUUGGUAUUGUUGGUGCUCCUGCAGACCAUCUUCUGGGUCUUGAAGGUGUUGAUGGGGCUGUCGGACCCCGUUUCAGAAAGCUGACCCCUCAAGAGAUUGAGGAUUACCUGACGAGUCUAUGA